GUAACCCUUUCAAAUUAAUUUUAAAAUAUGUUUUCCAAGAAAGUCACCGUUUCAAAGGAAGAACUCCAAGAGUUUCGUAGAGUUUUCGACAAAUUUGACAUGAAGCAAAAACGCGAGGUACCGAUAAAAAAACUUGGACACAUGAUGGAUAUUUUUAAUCAAAACUUCACGAAAUCCUACAUUAAAGAUUUAUCCAUUGCACUAAACUACAGAAAAAAAGGCAAGUUUACUUACGACGAUUUUUUAAGGAUCGUUGUACCAAAGAUGAUACUGAAGCAAACUAGAAUGGAACUUCGUGAAGUUUUUAAUGUUUUGGAUAGAAGCGGUAUGGGGUAUAUUUGCGAGGAAGAUUUAGCAUAUUGUAUGAAAGCUUUAGGUGUGGAUAAUAGCAGCGAAAGGGUACAGGACAUUUUGAAGGAAUCGGACUUGGAUGGAGAUGGCAAAGUCACGUUCGAAGAUUUCUGUAAAAUAUUAACCACCAAGUAAAUUGAAAAUGUAUUUUUUAUUAUUAUCCUUGUAAUUAUUUUUCUUAAAAUUUGUUGUGUAUUUUAAAUAUUACCCCUUUUAUUAAAAU